CCUCUGGCCAGGCAAACGCCGCGGCUGAAAUGCAAUAGGCGCGCAACCGAAGCUGCCGUACAUCGCGCGCCAGCAGGUUUCCAGGCCCGCCAGCGCCGCUCUGCAGUUAUACAAACAUACUCCAGACACAGGCCGAUACAUCCAAGUCAACGACAUCACACACAGUGCAAGAAACACCACUCGAGCUACGUCUCGCGCGAAAACACUCUUGUCCUACCUGCCGACUUGGGCCUGCGUCUCUCGACAGCCGGCUGAGCCUGUCCUAUAACCAUAAGCUCAUACAUCUAAGGAGCCAGCCCAUAUGGCUCGCUCUUCAGCAAGUCGCCCCACGAUGGGCGCCUUGGCGCUGCUUUUGGUGGCGAGCUGCUUUGUGGGCGGCGUGUUCAGCGCUCGCAUGGCGAAGCUAGCGCUAGAUGACUCCGCCUCUGUGUCAGACGCCUCCGCCUCCUCUGCCGAUCAGCAGCAGGAGCUGGAGUCCGUGGUGUCGGCGCUGGCGCACAUGAACGCCGACAGCGAGGCCAUGCGCCGUGUGCUGGCGUCGGGCGUGUACCCACCGUCGCCCGCCCCUCCCAGCCCCAGCCCGUCGCCUCCCGCGCCUCCCUCCCCCUCUCCCCCGCUGCCUCCCGGCCUUGCGCUUGAGGCGGAGCACUACGUGGCUGGCUUCUCUGCUAACGCCACCAUCGUGGCCGACCUGGAUGUGACCAGCCAGGCGUCUGUGGAUGCCUUCAUUGCCGCCUUCAUCCAGCUCACCGCCACCGCCCUCAACAUCGACCCCGCCAACGUGUACGUGACGCGCGUGACCAAGGGCGGCGCGUCCAGCGGCCGCCGCCGCGCCGCGCUGGAGCAGAGCGGCGCUGCGGAGCAUGUGUGGUCUGCGUCGGAGCUGUCUGCGCUGCUGCCCGGCGCUGGCCUGAGCCUGCUUGCGCUCAAGCGCGUGACGCCCGCCGAUGACGCCACCGUGGCUGGGCUUCGCUCCGCCAAGCUUGAGCUGGUGCUGGGCCCAGUUAUGGGCUUAUGGCACCACAAAGCACAUGAUGUGAAUGGCAGCAAACCCUGACGUAGCGUCUGUGCAGGGGAACGUAAACAGAGCGGGCGGUGAGCCAUGACAACAUCCCUUGCGCCAGGGGCCGCGGCCUGCGAGGCCUGUCCGUGCGAGACUGCGAGGCACCUCCGAUGCCCGGAACCUCACCCCGCGCUCAGCCCCUUUGUGCCCUUCCAGUGUGGUGUUUGUGCAUGCAAGCUAUAGAUGCAUAGCGUCCAUGGGUGAGGCUGGACUGACAACAGCCAGUUGCAUGGUCAGCCUGCGAGCAGGGCGGCACGCGGGUCGGACAUGGUCCAGCAUGCGUGCAACGGGCUCUGAGUUCCUGUGGCCCAAGGUGCUGCUGGAUAGUCAUACGUAUACUGA